AUGCCUUGCCAAUUCUUCAACCUUUCCACCCUUAAGGCUACCGAUAAUGCAGCAAUGUCCGACGCUUGUAUUAUUGAUCCGAACUCGGAAUUCGCCAAAAAGUACCCCAACGGCCUGUCUCUGGCAGAUUUGAUGCCCUUCUACGAGGACAUAGCUCAGAAAAAGCCCAUCGUCCUUGAGUGGAAAUUCCCCGGCCGGAUCAAGCGCCCGUCAACUCAGGGUGAGUCAUACACUUCCUCGAGUCCAAUCAAAUCGAAUUGGCGUAAUAACAAUUGUUUUAUUGAACACCUGUGUGGGUACUCUCGGUGUAAACAAAAAAUUUUCACAAAUAAAUCUCGGAAUUAAUAAGUAGGUAUCUACGGUGAACCAGAAAUGGCCACUCUGCUGUCUCUAGUCCUUUUUUGGCUUCGCUCCUCCGCACCGAAUUUGUCUGUUGCCAAUAUUCACCUUCUACCGGCACGGUCGCAGGAGGAGCACCGUUUAAACUAAAAGUUAGACCUGCCUUCCAAGUUAAGAAUUAGGACGUAUUAUUCAUACAACCGACGGACGUACCCCUCGAAAGAUACGUGGUUAGAGCACCGGGCACGAAAUCUAUGAGUGGAUCUCGUUUGGGGACCAGUGUCUUCUGGUCGCGCAACUCCCCUACUCCCCACAGUUUAUGUUCUUAUUGUUAGACCCAGUUGGUUUCAAGACAGACCUCAAAGCCGAAAUACAAACUUCUCUAAGUUUAGAUUUUGCCGACUAAAUUGGGACCUUAGACUUCGUAGUAACGCGAGCAAAUCCGGAGCAUCGGUUCAUACACAUCUCGUGCGCUUUUUAUGACCCUACUUCCAUUGUCUCCUGGUGCCAACACCCUUUUAUUUGUACAUUACCUUCACUGAGCAAUCAUUUUUUGCAUGUUUAAAAAAAUUGCACCCACAUUGGACUUGGUCUGUCCAGGCCCGUUUUGAUUGGUUAGAAACUCGAGGUAAGCAGAUUAUGAAUGCACUUUCACCUAUUUUCAGUGAAGCGCUGGAAGAAGGCCGCCUUCCUCGUACUGAAAGAAAUAAAGCAAUUGCCUGCAGUCUUCGUGCAUAUUUCGUUUUUAGUCACGUUCCUUCAUUAUUGCUGCUCUUUCUGCCCCUCUCUUCAGCCCUUUCCUUCCCCGCCGAAUGUGUGCGCGGAAGCUCAGCCAGUACUGAGUACCAUUAGCACCAUGGUUUGUACGCACUUUUGUCAUUUUCGUGCUUUUCAGAAGAGGGUGAACGGACUGCUGCUACAGCUGCCGUCUCAAAAGACACUAAUUCUCAAAGUCAGGCUGCUGAAAAGAGUAGUGCUGCUGCACCUACCGGCCAACCGAAUCUCUCCGAGUUUGAUUUCGAUGAUAGUGCAAACCAGCCAAUAACAGCGGCAACUACCGGUCUGCUUGCACGCCGUCUCUUCGGCGCUGGAUCUGCACGGCCCAACCGGGAGCGGCGUGUUGCCAAUAUGGACAAGAUUCUGAAAGACGAGAUGCGUAAGCGCAAAGAGGAACUUGAGAGUGCGGCCCUGGCACAACGCCAGCUACGGCAGCAACUGCAGCGGCAACAGCAACAACUGUCUGCUGACGUUGGUAGUACAGCCUGUCCUACAGUCCCAGCAGCGAGUGACGUCUCGUCCACCUCGCUGCCUGCGGAACCACUGGCGACGAUGAUGGGAAGUGCUACGACUUCUCAACUGCCCUCUGUAGUGUCACCGACUGGUCAGCCACAGGCUAUGGAAGUUUCACUUGCCUCGACGCCAGCCAUGCAUCAGACUGAGGUCGCUAAUCCUGACCAGCCAGCAGUAGGGCAACCGGCUGCUGCUCUUUGUGAACAAGUUGACUCUCUAGCUGUAACGGAUACGUAA